CUGACAUGGCAAAAUGAAUUCAUCACCUUUAUGUCUUUAUUCAACUUGAUUUGGACCUUGCGGAUAUGCCUCAUUUGAUUCCCAUAUAUGCAUUAGUCGCCCAAAAAACUUGGCCCCGUAAUUUAUUCCAUUGUAUAUAACAAAUGCAAAAACCUUCCCACUUGCCCAAUAAUCUAAACCUUUUCUUUAAUUUGAUCCCGGUGUUUUGGAAUCUUUUCUAUUAAAUCGUUCCUCUAGUUCGAGUAUUGAAUCGAAUAUCAUCCAGUGACCAAUCACCAGUACCAACAGAGAAAAUAACCCGAUAGCAUUUGCCACAAAACUAUAUGGUAUAUAGUUUUAUAGUCUUCAAUUCAAUGGAUUCCUUCUUCUUUCAUGAAUACCGAACUUCAGGAUUCUCACCUGAAUCAUCACUAUUUGAUCCUCUGGAGUAUUUUUCUCCAUGGGAUGAGCCUCUUUUCAACCAUGAUUCACUUCCAUUCGGCAUAAAUGCCUCAGAUCAUGAGAUGAUCACACCAUUUUGUAUUCCAGAUGAGGGAGCUACAGGCUCAUCUGAGCGGGCAUCAUCUGCAGUCGUUAAGGAGGAUCAUGGAGUGAGUUCCAAUGCCCAAGAGACGACAUCCAAGAAUGAAAAGUCGUACAGAGGUGUAAGGAGGAGGCCAUGGGGGAAGUUUGCAGCGGAGAUAAGGGACUCAAAUAGGCAAGGGAGGAGGGUGUGGCUUGGUACAUUUGAUACUGCUGAGGCUGCUGCUUUAGCAUACGAUCAAGCAGCAUUUUCCAUGAGGGGGUCAAUGGCCGUCCUCAAUUUUCCUGUGGAGUAUGUCGAGAAGUCCCUUAGAGACAUGAAGCAUGGCCACAAGGAUGGUGGCUCGCCAGUAAUGACACCAAACAACGGGCUCUCAGUAGGGCAAAAAUCAGCUAAUGGGAGAAAAGAAGACAACGAUGAAAGACCGGCACAGAAUGUUUUAGUGUUAGAGGACUUAGGAGCUGAUUAUCUGGAGCAACUCUUGUGUUCAUCAGAAAGCUGCUGAUCAUGAGUUCCUGGUCAUCAUCAAGGAUUCUACAUUCACCAAAUUUUUAUAAUCUUUCUUUUUAUCUUUGGGUUCAAAUGUUGUUCUUCUGGGCUGUUGAUCAUAAUUUCAGGAGUUGAGCAUCCUCUUAUCGUAGGGAUGUAUUUAAUUUGAGGUUGGAUCCAUUUCUGACUUCUUAUUGAUUCCUUCUGUUUCUUUGUAAAGUUUAAACCCAUGGAGUAAUAAAAAUUUACA